CACCCUCCCAGCGUGGCGCAGCCGCGGCUCGGGGGCGGGGGGAAACCGGAGGGAAGCGUCUCCUCACGGCGUCAUCGGGCAGCGCCGCCGCCACCACGUGAGGCCGCCAUGGCGCUGAGCCGCGGCGGGGCGGCGGUCGCGCUGCCGCGGCGAGCGGCGGCCACCCGGGCGGCAGCGGCGGGCGGGCAGCCCCCCGGCAGCGUGGUGCGCGUCCCCUGGGCCCUGCGGCUGCGCCUGCAGCGGGGCGAGCAGCGGCGGCGGCGCGGGAAGGGGGAGGCGGUGCCGGCGCGGCCCGGGAAGCUGCUGCUGCGGAGCCGGCGGCCGGAGCUGAGCCAGCCCCGCUGGCAGACGGUGGGGCGCUGGGAGCGGCCGCCGCUGGUGUCGGCGGGCUGGAAGCACAGGAAGGCUUGCGGGGACUACUUCCAGCUGGAGCCCUCGCAGGAGGCGGCUCCCGCCCUGCAGGCGCCGCCGGCUGACGCGGAGCGGGAGGGCCCGUCCUUCGCCGAGAUGGGGCUGGCGCCGGCGCUGCUGGCCGGCCUGGAGGGCCUCUCCGUGUGCCGCCCGACGGCCGUGCAGCGCCUCGCCAUCCCCGCGCUGCGCCGCGGCCGCAGCGCCCUCUGCGCCGCCGAGACCGGCAGCGGCAAGACGCUGGCCUACCUGCUGCCCCUGCUGAACAGGCUGCUCUGCCACCCCGAGGGGCCGACGGAGGCGCCGGCGGAGGGGCUGGCGUCGCCCCGCGGGCUGGUGGUGCUGCCGUCGCGGGAGCUGGCGGCGCAGGUGGGCGCGGUGACGGCGGCGCUGUGCCGGCCGGCGGGGCUGCAGGUGCGCGGGCUGACGGGCGGCGGCGCGGCGGGCGGGCUGUGGAGGCAGCUGCGGGCGCCGCCGCCGGGGGUAGCCGUGCUGCUGGGCACCCCCGGGGCGCUGUGGCGGGCGCUGCGGAUGCGCUUCCUGGCCCUGGGGCGGCUGCGCUGGAUGGUGCUGGAUGAGGUGGACGCCCUGAUGAUGGACGACACCUUCGUGGAGCCGCUGGAGGAGAUCCUGGCACAUGCGCCUCUGGCUGCCGGUGCUCCCGGGCUGGCCGGCCCCGGGGAGGUGAGGACGCAGGUGGUGGUGGUUGGAGCCACCUUCCCCACAGGGCUGAGCCAGACUCUGGGGAAGUACACCGAUGUGGGCCAGUUUGUCACCCUCGCCACCCAGAGCCUGCACCGCCUGCCAUCCCACGUCCUGCAGAAGUUUGUCCGCCUCAAAGGCCAGGACAAGUUGCCUGAACUGCUGCAGCUACUCAAAGACCACCCAGCAUCUGGUGGGGCUAUUCUUAUCUUCUGCAACAGUGCCAGCACCGUCAACUGGCUGGGCUAUGUCCUGGAUGACCACAAAAUCAAGCACCUGAGGUUGCAGGGACAGAUGUUAGCAGCUGCUAGAGCUGGCAUUUUCGCCUCCUUCCAGAAGGGCGAUGUGUCUGUCCUUGUAUGCACUGACCUUGCCUCACGGGGGCUGGACACCAGCAGUGUGCAGCUAGUGGUCAACUAUGACUUCCCAAACACCCUGCAGGAUUACUUGCACCGCGUGGGACGAGUUGGACGGGUGGGAAGCAAGGGUCCGGGAACCGUGGUUAGUUUUGUCACCCAUCGGUGGGAUGUGGACCUGGUGCGGAAAAUAGAGACUGCAGCCCGGAAAAGGAGAGGUCUCCCAGGCAUGGACUCCUCUGUUAAUAAGCCUCCAGGUUAAAGGAGCUUGAUGCAGUUUCCCAAGUGGUGAUAUAAUAGUCGAAGGGACUUCGGUCUAAUGGCCUUGUGGGCCAAGCUUGAAGUCACUUAAGGCAGAGCAGAGGAGCUUCUCUGUGUAAGCUAGACUGGAAGAAUAAAGAGUUGAGUUUCAGAACCACUUGAUCAGGUUAACUUUGUGCACUGUUCUGGAAGCUGCAGUUGUCAUUUCCAUAGGCAUCACAACUCAUGGCUUUCCAAAAGGAAGCUAGUAAUUAACAAAAUACCUUUGGAGAAGACUGAAGAGUGAUCUCAUCUAUUGAUUUUGUUUAAUUUUGUUGAGGCUUUUAACUUAAAUUCAAAGCAGAAUGAAAAUGUGCCUGUGUGAUGGGCAGCUCUGUUGUAUUUCAUUGCUUCCCACCACCAGCAGCUAAAAAUUCAUUAUUAAAACUUAAAAAUCACUAUUGUUGGCAGGGGAAAAAUAAAAGAAAACAUUUUUCCUAAUUUUGCUAUACCGUUGGCCAAUUAAAGACUGAAAGACAAAUUAUAUUUGAUUUUCUUGUAAUGUAGCAGUUCAUUCAGAGAAUUCUACACCAGUUAUCGCUAAGGUUUGGGGGAACGAGAAGGCACAAUAAAGCUUGAAGUUUUUUUAAGGCCUUAAUUUGUAAUUUUAUGUUUACCUUUCACUGAGAAAGGGUAUCUUGCUGCUUCAUGUUCUAUUAAAUAAAAAAAAAAGGAAGCCUUAA